AUGUCAGAAGACAUUAGAAAGAGUCUGAAAGCUGUGUUAACCGCUGCCCCACUGUUAGCCACACCUAAUUCUGCAAAGCCAUUCAAGGUGGCUAUCAAUAGUGAAAAUAAGUUUGUUUCAGGGUUAAACUCAAGAAAAGACUUUGGUGAUCAAAAUAUUACUGGCCAACAUGUGAAUGAAAAGAUAAAAUUAGAAGAUGAUGAGCAUUAUAAACCUUCUAAUUCCAACAGAGGAACUCAACAGACUAAAGAUUUAUUGUUCUUGAAGGAUCUGAAUGGGACUGAUGGGACACAACAUAGUGAUUUGAAACUGCCUAUAACUUUACACCCACUUCCACCUGGAAUCAAACUUCAACUUCAAGGAUCAUCUUCCACAUGUGAUGUGGUCAAAUUUGCCAAAUUAUCUGGACCACUAGCAUCAAACAAUCUGGGUGACAUCAGGCUACAGACGCAAGUGGAUCCAUCCUUGAAAAUAAAUACUAUAAAUGUUCCCCUUACUGUUCCUCCUACAGAAGCAGAAAUCAAUGAUAUGCCACCCUCCAAAGACAGAAGUGGGCAUAUAAAACGGCCAAUGAAUGCAUUUAUGGUUUGGGCUCGAAUUCACAGACCAUCAUUAGCCAAGGCAAACCCCAAUGCGAAUAAUGCUGAAAUUAGUGUCCAACUUGGCCUGGAGUGGAACAAGCUGACAGAAGAACAAAAGAAACCCUACUAUGAUGAAGCACAAAAAAUAAAAGAGAAACACAGGGAAGAAUUUCCUGGUGAGUUAAAAGCUAGUCAAAGCCAAUCUCUGCGCAUGCCAGUUUCUCAAGGUCCUCGUCCAAAUUCAAUUAUACUUUAUCCACAAACAAAUCCUGUCCAGGUUGGUCUCCCUACGCAAAGUAUAUCCAACCAUCCCACUGUGCCACCCACUUGUCCUCCAGGACAUAGUAGAAGUGAGGUCCAUCAUGAGGUUCCUGGUCCAAGUGCGGUGUCAAAUUGUUCAGAGCAAAGGAUGCCUACAAUGUCAGUGGAUGUUGGCAAAAGAAAUUCUACAAAUGAAACUAAUAACACCCACAAUAGAGUUACCAUCCCUGAAGUACCAGCACAAAAGGAGAUACCUACUGUUUCCAACUGCCCUAGAAAUCCACCACCAAUGCCUUCAGCAACUCUUCCACAUCCACAUGCUUACCAACAUCCACCAAUGGGGCAUGCUGCUAAUCUGUUCGGAGCUGCUGCCCGAUUUCCUUUUCAUCAUCCUUAUUUCUUGCCUGGACCACCCUAUUUCCCCUCAAGUACCUGCCCUUACAGUAGGCCACCCUAUGGCUAUGGUGAUUUCGCAAACAGCAUGUCUGAAUGCCUGGGCUAUUAUGAGGACCGAUACCAGAAGCAUGAAGCUAUGUUCUCUGCACUGAAUAGAGAUUACCCUUUUAGAGAGUACCCAGAUGACUGUCAACGCAACACAGACUCCAGGAGCAAUAGCAGCAUUGAGGAAGGACCUCACUCCAACAGCCUGGGAGGUGAAGAGUACCUGAAUUCUGUGCCACAGUUAGAUGUUGGAGCACUGGAAAAUGUCUUCACGACCCCAAUGUCUGCUCCAUCACAGCCACAAAGAGUGGAGAUGGUCCAUAGUGAUGAUGAACAAGAAGGCAAAGUAUUAAAAAGCCUGUAG